AUGUCUGACCGCGAGAUCCUACCCGAUAAUGUGAAACCCUCUCACUACAAUGUCUCCCUUCGAGACCUUGAAUUCAAGAACUGGACCUACCAGGGUACAGUGACCAUCGACGCUGAGAUUGUCAAGCCCACCAGGGAAAUCGUCUUCAACACCCUCGAGAUCAAGCUUACCGGCGCCAAGGUUGUCGUUGACCACACCAAGUCCUCCCAAGCCAUCGAGUCUACCAACUUCAGCUACGAUGAGCGUGCCCAGCGUGCCACCAUCACCUUCGACCAGGAGCUCCCUGUCUCCAAGAAGGCAUCAAUUGCCAUCAGCUUUGAAGGUAUCAUGAACAACGAAAUGGCCGGUUUCUACCGCUCCAAGUACAAGCCUACCGUCACGCCUGCCAAGUCAGUCCCCCAUGAUGAUGAGUGGCACUACAUGUUCAGCACCCAGUUUGAAUCUUGCGAUGCUCGCCGUGCCUUCCCCUGCUUUGAUGAACCCAACCUGAAGGCUACGUUCGACUUUGAGAUUGAGAUCCCGGCCGACCAGGUUGCUCUCAGCAACAUGCCCGUCAGGGAGACCAAGCCCACCAAGGAUGGCUGGAACAUGGUUUCUUUCGAGACAUCUCCCGUCAUGAGCACGUACCUUUUGGCUUGGGCUGUUGGUGACUUUGAGUACAUCGAGCAGCUCACCGACCGCCGAUACAAUGGCAAGCAGAUCCCCGUCCGCGUCUACACGACCCGCGGUCUCAAAGAGCAGGGCCAGUGGGCUUUGCAGCACGCCCCCAAGAUUAUCGACUUCUUCUCCGAGAUUUUCGACAUUGACUACCCUCUCCCCAAGUCCGAUCUCCUGGCUGUUCAUGAGUUCACCCACGGUGCUAUGGAGAACUGGGGUCUCGUGACAUAUCGUACCACCCAGGUUCUCUUUGACGAGAAGACUUCAGAUGCCCGUUUCAAGAAUGCCGUUGCCUACGUUGUUGCCCACGAGCUUGCUCACCAAUGGUUCGGCAACCUGGUCACCAUGGACUGGUGGGAUGAGCUGUGGUUGAACGAAGGUUUCGCCACCUGGGUUGGCUGGCACGCCGUCGACCACCUGCACCCCGACUGGCAGGUGUGGGCUCAGUUCGUCAACGAGGGCAUGGAGGCUGCUUUCCGUCUCGACGGCAUCCGCGCCAGUCACCCCAUCCACGUCCCUGUCCGUGAUGCCCUCGAUGUCAACCAGAUCUUCGACUCCAUCAGCUACCUCAAGGGCUGCUCUGCCAUUCGCAUGUUGGCUAACCACCUUGGCGUCGAAACUUUCCUCAAGGGUGUGUCCAACUAUCUCAAAGCUCACGCAUACGGUAAUGCCAAGACAAAGGCUCUCUGGGAUGCUCUCAGCGAGGCUUCUGGAAAAGAUGUCAAUGCUCUCAUGGGUCCUUGGAUCUCCAAGAUUGGACACCCGGUAGUCACCGUUGCCGAAGAACCCGGACAAAUUUCGAUCAAGCAGUCCCGAUUCUUGUCCACUGGUGAUGUCAAGCCCGAGGAUGAUACCACCACCUGGUGGGUGCCUCUUGGCCUCGAGGGCAAGAAGGGCGAGAGUGGCAUCAACACCAUGUCUUUGCUCCAGAAGGAGGAGACCAUUCGUGAUAUUGAUGAUGAGUUUUACAAGCUGAACAGCGGAGCCACUGGCUUCUACCGCGUCAACUAUCCUCCUGCUCGCCUGGCGAAGCUUAGCACGCAGCUGGAUAGGCUGAGCACCGAGGACAAGAUUGCCAUUAUCGGUUCUACAGCCGACCUGGCGUUUGCCGGCAACAGCACCACCGCCGCUCUUCUCACCUUCCUCGAGGGCUUCAGCAAGGAGACUCAUCCUCUUGUUUGGACCCAGGUUCUUGAUUCUAUUGGCUCCGUCAAGUCGGUGUUUGGUGAAGAUGAGGAUAUUAAGAAGGGACUGGAGAAUUUUGUUGUCAAGCUUCUCUCGGACAAGGUGACUGAAAUUGGCUGGGACGGCGCCGAGGAUGAAGAAUAUCUUACCACAAUGUUGCGCAAGCGCAUCAUUCUCGCUGCAGUUGCCAAUGGGCAUGUCGAGGCUGUCAACGAAGCUCUCAGACGCUUCAACUCUUGGCAUGAGAACGCCGAGGCCAACCCCCUCCCACCUUCACUCCGACUUGCCGUCUGGCGCACCGCCGUCAAGAAGGACAGCGCUCGUGCUGUCGACAUCAUCAAGAACGAGUGGUCCAACACCAAGUCCAUUGACGGAAAGCUGAUCUGCCUUAAUGCACUAUCUGCCCUUGAGGACCAGCAAGUGCUCAAGGAGAACAUUGUUCCCUUCAACUUCAACGCCUCUCCCCCAAGCAACGCGGUCAACGCUGCAGACAUGCACGUCCUCGGCAUGGGCUUGGCGGGCAACCCCGUCGGCCGACAGGUUCAGUGGACUUACAUGAAGGAGAACUGGGAUGCGUGUGUGACCAAGCUCGGCAACCCCAUUGUUGUGGACCGAUUCGUCCGUGUCAGCUUGGGCGGCUUCACUGAUGGUUCUGUCGUCGAUGAGAUUGACAGCUUCUUCAAGGACAAGGACACCAAGAGCUUUGAUCGUACUCUGGAGACGGUCAAGGACAAGAUUCGUGGACGGGCUGCGUACAAGCAGCGGGAUGCUGCCUCACUCAAGGAAUGGCUAGGGGCCAAUAAGUAUUUGUGA